AUGGCUGAAGAAAGUUUGAUUUCCUCGUUAUAUCCUCCACCUCCAGCAUAUUAUAAAUUUUUCACAAAUGAAAAUUUAGAACAAUUCAAAGAGAUUAAAAACAAUCAUAAAGUUGAAGAUGAUGAAUUACAUAUACCUGAAGAUAAGAAAGAAUUAGAAUUUCUAAUACCACCAAGGCCUCCUUCUGGAGAUACAUAUAGAUCUUUCGGGAAUUUAUGGAAUGUAAAGGAAAUGGGGAUACCGCAAUUGUAUCAAGAAUCCAAUAUACCCAAUGAUGAAGAAGAUUCAAAGAUCAAGAUUGAAGAAUUGAAAAGACUGUUGAAAUCUUUAUUAUUAAACUUUUUAGAAAUUGUUGGUGUAAUGAGUGUCGCACCAGAUCAAUUCGCUACAAAAAUUGAACAUAUACGUACCAUAUUGAUCAAUAUCCAUCAUAUAUUAAAUGAAUACAGGCCACACCAAUCUAGAGAAUCAUUGAUAUUUUUAUUGGAAAAACAAGUUGAAACUAAGAAGGAUGAAAUAAAAGAAAUUGAACGUGUAUGUAAAGAGGUUGAAACAAAGAUUAAAGGACUUAUUGAAUUAUACGUUGAUAAUCAAGAAAAGACAUCUGAACAAAUUAAACAAGAAUCAGAAAGUUUUGAUGAUAAAAAACAAGUAGAGAACAAUGAGAACGCUGUCAAGGAAGAAUCUUGA